GCUCAGCCGCAUGGCCGUCUAAGAUCAUGUGGAGUCGACAUUUAUUCCUACGACAGUCCACUCAAUUGCCCACCUCGCGAUAAUGUCGAGCCCAAGCAACACAAAGGCGGCACCCCUUACCGUCCCCACCCGCCAGAACCUGGAUCGCCUGUCCGAGUCAUCUACCGGCGACUGGGAGCGCGGUCGUUCCUCCCAGAACGCCCGCAGCCCGACCCAGCCCUCCACCAUCGAGGCCCAUAUGAAGAGCAUGAGUCUCAGCAAAGCUGCGGCCGCCCCCUCCUCCGGCUCAGCCACCAGACCUGCGGCCCCUUCUUCUAUCGCAAGCGUUGGCAGCACUGGGAGCGCGUCCGGAUCGGCGGCAGCGCGCACAAACCUCUUCCCGCGUCAGCAGCGUGAGGGCUACGGAUUCCGCCCCGCGAGCGGCACAUCUACCCCUGUUCCGCUCACCUCGCCGCCUGCGGGCGAGGUCGAACCCGAGUACCCGGAGGGCUCGGCGGAACUGGACGCGCAGUUCAACGACGACGUGCGCGCCGCGCUCCAGCAGCCCGCAUCCCUGGCAGUUGGCGCCAAUGCCCUCAUCCCCGAGGGCGGGAUUGCCGACGCCGAAGGUCUCGGAUGGCCUGCCAAGCGCACGCACCUCCGCCUCCACUCGACGCCCGAGGAGAAGGCCGCCAACCUCGAGGUGCUUGCUGGGGCGCUGCGCACGGUCCUCGAGUGCAUCGGCGAAGACCCAGACCGCGAGGGCUUACAGCGCACGCCGGAACGCUACGCUAAGGCUCUUAUGUGGAUGACCAAGGGGUACGAGGAGCGGCUGGUCGACGUAAUCAACGACGCUGUCUUUGCCGAAGACCACGAGGAGAUGGUCAUCGUCCGCGACAUAGACGUGUUUUCGCUUUGCGAGCACCAUCUGGUCCCCUUCACUGGCAAGAUCAGCAUCGGGUACAUCCCCAACAAGCUCGUGCUGGGCCUUAGCAAGCUGGCACGCAUUGCCGAGACCUUCUCCCGCCGCCUCCAGGUCCAGGAGCGUCUGACGCGGCAGGUCGCCCUUGCGAUCAUGGAGGCCAUCAGGCCUCGUGGCGUCGCCGUCGUUAUGGAGGCUACGCACAUGUGCAUGUCGAUGCGCGGCGUCCAGAAGCCCGGCGCGACGACCGUCACGUCUACCAUGCUUGGGUGCUUCCGGACUCAACAGAAGACGCGUGAGGAGUUCCUCACACUCAUCCGCAGCCCAAGCAUGACGAGGCAUUAAACGUUGAAUGUGGAUGCUAGAGGUGAGGCGCGUGAUUCGCUCCGCGCCCACCUGCUCCGUCGUAUUCAGCAUAUCUAUCCGUCUAAACUCAACUCUUAGGAUUUUUUCGCAAGUAGUAGUAGAAGUGCUGCUGCUGCUGGGGUGUACACUCAUCUGUACGAUGUAUCUUGCUGUAUGACUUU